CUUACGAAUCACUGAGGAGAGCUGCUUAUAGGAGGUCAUGAAGUAAAACCUCAGUUCUCAGAAGCAUGCCUCACAAACGAGGAUAAAGCUACGUGACUUAGCACUUACUGAGCAAAAUGCUCUGAAGUUUCCCAUUAAGAAAUGUUACAAAUGGUUUUGGAACAGAAAAAUUAGUACAGAAGAUGAGCAAUAAAUGAACACUUCUACUCACCUUGGAUUUCACUGAAGUCUGUUACCACUGAUUAGAAUAAAGAUGGGUGUAUAAAUAUUGAACAUCUGCAAGGAGCCAUAAACCAAUAUGACAAAGAAUAUGAGAUAUCUCGGAAACUUUUUUGUUUAUGAGUGUCUGUUUGUAUUAACUUUUUGGAGCAAUAUCAGCCUGUCUGUGGAAAAUGAACUCUUUACAUCUGUUUCUAAUAAUUUUCCAGAAGGUGGUUCUGACAAAAGCAUCACGAGCCUUCCACUGUUGUAUAAAAAUCGUCAGCGGUCCAAAGUUGAUUACAAUUGGGUUAUAAUAGAAAAUACUACCGAAAGCCUGUCAUUGUCACAAAUCACAAAUGGCAAUGUAAAAAAAUUAAUAACUUUAUUGUCUGAUUUCAGAAAAGGCUCCAGGCUACAAAAUCUGACACUGACAAAUGUGUCAGUGGACUGGAAUAUUUUUCUUGAACUUCUUCAGACUGUAUGGCACUCAUCCAUUGAAUAUUUCAAUAUCAACAACUUUACGCAGUUGUCAGACAUUGAAUAUUAUAACUUCAGGUAUUCGGGUACUUCCAUGAAAGCACUGGCAUUGAAGAACAUCCUAGUCACAGAUCUAUACUUUUCACAGGAUGACCUGUACCAGAUACUUGCAAACAUGAACAUUGAAGCCUUGACAGUAGCAGAAUCAGAGAUGAUACAUAUGCUAUGUCCUUCGCUUGACAGUCCCUUUAGAUACAUAAAUUUUAUAAACAAUGAUUUAACAGAUCUGCUUUUUCAAAACUGUGAUAAAUUAAUUCAACUGGAGACAUUUAUCUUGCAGAAGAAUAAAUUUGAGAGCCUUUCCAAGGUGAGCUCCAUGACAAGGUAUAUGAAAUCACUGAGGUAUCUGGACAUGAGCAGCAACUUGCUGCGUAACGAUGGAGCCGAGGAGCACUGCCAAUGGACCGAGUCUCUGAUGGAGCUGGACCUGUCCUCAAAUCAGUUGACAGAGUCGGUGUUUGGGUGCUUGCCAGUCAAUGUCAACAAACUGGACCUACAAAACAACCAGAUCGCCAGCGUCCCCCAGGGGAUUGCUGAGCUGAAGUCCUUGAAAGAGCUGAACCUGGCGUCGAACAGGCUGGCUGACCUGCCGGGGUGCGGUGGCUUUUCGGCCCUGGAGUUCCUGAAUAUGGAGAUGAACUCGAUCCUCACCCCUUCUGCCGACUUCUUUGAGAGCUGCCAGAGGGUGCGGGAGCUGGAAGCUGGGCACAAUCCGUUCAAGUGCUCCUGUGAACUGCAGGCCUUCAUGCGUCUUGAGAGGCAGUCUGGAGGGAAGCUGUCCGGCUGGCCGGAGGCGUACGUGUGCGAGUACCCAGAGGACCUGAGGGGAACGCAGCUGAAGGACUUCCACUUGACUGAGCUCGCUUGCAACACGACCCUGUUGCUGGUGACAGCUCUGCUGCUGACGCUGGUGCUGGUGGGGGUGGUGGCCUUUCUGUGCAUCUACCUGGACGUGCCGUGGUACGUGCGCAUGCUGUGGCAGUGGACGCAGACGAAGCGCAGAGCUUGGCACGAGUGCCCCGAGGAGCGGGAAACCGUCCUGCAGUUCCACGCCUUCAUUUCCUACAGCGAGCGCGAUUCCGUGUGGGUGAAGAACGAGCUGAUCCCGAACCUGGAGAAGGGGGAGGGCAGCGUGCAGCUGUGCCAGCACGAGAGAAACUUUGUUCCCGGCAAGAGCAUUGUGGAGAAUAUCAUAAACUGCAUAGACAAGAGCUACAAGUCAAUCUUCGUGUUGUCUCCCAACUUUGUGCAGAGCGAGUGGUGUCACUACGAGCUGUACUUUGCCCAUCACAAGUUGUUUAGUGAGAACUGCAACAGCUUAAUCCUGAUUUUGCUGGAGCCAAUUCCUCCGUAUAUUAUCCCCGCGAGGUACCACAAGCUGAAGGCUCUCAUGGCAAAGAGAACGUACCUGGAGUGGCCGAAGGAGAGGAGCAAGCGUGCCCUUUUCUGGGCUAACCUGAGGGCAGCUAUUAAUAUUAACCUGCCAGUGGCUGAGGGGCAGAGUUGUGGAGAAAGAGAUUAAGAACCUUUCUAAUGCAGUUUUUUUCUUUUCUUUUCUUUUUCUUUUUUUUUUUGAUGAACCAAUAAAUACUUUAUGAUUUC